AGCGCAUGGCAAAACAGCAGCAGCCAAAAGGAAGCUCAGAGCUUUCCCCACUUCAUUUAAAUAUUUUACAAAAUUACUUUAUAAAAUUUCAGCUAUAAAUUAAACUUCAAAAAGAUUACUUUUUAUUUUUUAUUUUUCUGUCUCUCAAAUCUCAUGCUCAUAUGCAGAAUUCACUUCUUAGUUCUUACCACCCCACCAAACUGAGCAGAAAGCCUUAUCUUUUUGAAAAACCAUUCGCAUCUUCUGUCAAAUGUCAUUUUUCUUAAAAAUAUAAUAAUAUUAUAAACUGUUGUACUAUAAAUUCUUCAUUCAAAUAACAUGUUUCCAAGUACUGCUCAGUUUUUAGUGUUGGUGUAUUAAAAUAUGAACCCUCUCUUUAUUCUUUCUAUAUAAGCUUGUAUUCCAAAUCAACACAAUUCAUAACUAAUUUUUGAUUCUUCUACUCUUUAAGGUCUUCACUUUCCUCAAUUUAUAAGCUAAUUAAAAGGUUGUUGGAGCGCUGGUGCUUAAAACUACAAUCAAUAUCUCUCUUCGAUAUAAUCGACUCCAUUUCUGAACCAGAUAAGAAUCAAAUGGAUAAUAUUGAUUGGGGCAAUGAGCUUGAAGAAAGUUUUAUAAUGUCCAGCUCAAUCAGCCUUCCCUACUACAACAACAACAAGAUUGAGACGAUUUCGUCGAAAUUAGAUACAUACAGUCCAGUUCAUCAGCAGAUGCAGAAAACGGAGAUAUUAUCCAAUAUUUUGCCUCAGCAAUGGAAUUCAAGAUCAGGAGCUGGCAGCGGGUGGGGAGUCGCUAUCAAUGCAGGAGCGACGACGUCGGGCUCAUUCAUUGAAUGCAGUAGGCCUUCUGCAUUGAAUACUACUCCUCCUCUCAAAAAUAGCAUCAUUGAUGAUUCGAACGUUCUCGAACAACAUCCUCCAAUGGCGGCCAACGCCGCCGCCUCGUUCGAGUCCCUCGACUGCUUGCUCUCCGCCUCCACCACCGACACCACCACGUCAGCCGAUCAAGACGACGGUAUUUCCCUCAUUUUCUCCGACUGCCAAAACCUGUGGAAUUUCGCGAAAUCGGGAAAAACGACCAUUACUCCAGUUUCGCGAAAUUCCGAAGAAAUCGUCAAUAAUCGGAGCAAGAGAAAGAGAGAGGAGGCGGCGACGAGCGAGCCGAUCGGAUUAACGGAGCUGGAUUUCCAGUCGAAUUACUCCGAUCACGGCAACGGUAGCGGCGGUUUCCAGAUCAUAUCGGAAAAUCAGCAAAAAAGUACCAAAAAGGCGAGAUUAGAUCCGAAACAGCCCCUUCCUGUGAUUAAUUCUUCGUCUUCCAACAUCAAUUUCCAGCAGCCUAGCUCGUCGGCGUCCUCCGGCGACGAGCAGGACGCGGAGGCGAUCGCGCAGAUGAAGGAGAUCAUCUACCGCGCGGCGGCGUUCAGGCCGGUGAACUUCGGCGCGGAGGCGAUGGAGAAGCCGAAGAGGAAGAACGUGCGGGUGUCGAGCGAUCCGCAGACGGUGGCUGCGCGGCAGAGGAGAGAGAGGAUAAGUGAGAGAAUUAGGGUUUUGCAGAAGCUGGUCCCCGGCGGCAGCAAAAUGGACACGGCGUCGAUGCUGGAUGAAGCGGCGAAUUAUCUCAAAUUCCUCAGAUCACAGGUCAAAGCUCUCGAGGCGUUAGGGCAGAAGAGCGUGAUUGAUCCAACGGUUCAUAAUUUUCCGGCAAAUACGAAUCUCGCAUUCUCAUCGCCGUUUCUUAGCUACACAUUUGCCAUGCAGCAGCAGCCUCAGUUCUCCAUCCAUAAUCCCAAUCAAUUCAAAAGUUGAGGAAAUUAAUAAUAUUAUUAGGUGCCAAAGAAAAAAAGAAGGAAGUUUAAUUAAUUUCCCCCUUUUUUCUCUCAAUUUUUUUUUAAUUGGUUCCCCCAAUUCUCUUGAUCUAGGUAUGAGUGUAUUUUGACAUGAUAAACUGGUAUUAUUAACCCUUUAUGAUCACUUUUGUAAUGAUGUUCUAUCAUCAUUAGA